AUGAACACCGUCGUCCGCAAUGCUGCCUUUGUAGCUGCCAGCCUUACCCGUCCGCUUCCUAUCCGAAGUACUCACGUUCUUCGUCGUUGGCGCCCAGCAUCGUCUUUUGUUCCCACCCGUUCCUUCGCUUCACGCUCAAUUCGUUCACGCAUCAUGCCUUUUGAGCAAGCCGCAGCCCCGGUCGCCAGCGCUGCUGGAGGUGCCAAUACCGCCACAACCGCAAUAGCACCGCCUUCCAACGAGCCGAAAGAAAAGUUUCUCAAGGAUUACACCCCACCAAAGUUCUUGGUCUCUGACACGCACCUCAACUUUGAGCUUGACGAUGACGGUCUAAAUACCAUCAUCAAGGGCAAGCUAUCCGUCGUUCCGAAAUGCGAUGUCGGCACACCCUUCAUUCUCGAUGGGUCUGGUCUGCAACUUCUUGACGGAAGCGUGAAAGUUGAUGGACGUGUUCUGGAUCCUUCCGAAUACGUAUACAAUACCGCCGCCAAAACGCUCACUAUUGCCUCCGUGCCGUCAGGUCCGUUUACGUUUGAGAGCGAAGUAUCCGUGAAGCCAGCGAAGAAUACCGCACUUGAUGGCUUGUACAUGUCCACUGGCGACUACUGCACGCAGUGCGAGGCCGAGGCUUUUAGGAAGAUCACCUUCUUCCCAGACAGGCCUGAUGUUAUGAGCAAGUUCACAGUCAGAAUUUCAGCAGACAAGGUUAAGUACCCUGUGCUUCUGAGCAAUGGCAACUGCAUCUCUAGUGGUACUGAAACCGGCGAUCCCUCUAGGCAUUGGGUUGAAUAUGUUGAUCCCUUCUCGAAGCCAUGCUACUUGUUCGCGCUUGUCGCUGGUGACCUUUCGCAUCUGGAAGAUGAGUUUACUACCAUGGGUGGUAGGAAAGUUACUCUUCGCGUGUAUGUCAAGGGUGCUGGUGAGGUAGCGAAAUGCCACCACGCCAUGCGAAGCUUGCAGAAGGCCAUGAAGUGGGACGAAGACACCUACGGACUGGAGUACAACUACGAUAUCUUCAAUAUUGUCGCUGUGCCGACGUUCGUAUUCGGUGCCAUGGAGAACACAUCCCUCAAUAUCUUCAACUCGAAAUACGUGCUUGUCAGUCCAGAGACAGCCACUGAUAGUGACUUCAACGGCGUUGAGGGUGUUGUGGCACAUGAAUAUUUCCACAACUACUCUGGGAAUAGGGUGACUGUGAGCUCCUGGUUCCAGCUUUCGCUGAAAGAGGGGCUAACAGUGUUCAGAGACCAGAGCUUCUCAGCUGACAUGAACUCUGCAACGGUCAAGCGUAUUCAAGACGUGACUAGCUUAAGGAUCGCCCAGUUUGCAGAGGACGCCGGACCGAUGGCUCACCCAAUCCGCCCAGAGUCGUAUAUCACCUGUAACUCCUUUUAUACUGCAACAGUGUACAACAAAGGCGCAGAGGUCAUUCGAAUGCUGAAAACAUUGGUUGGUCCAGAAGGUUUUAGGAAGGGUACAGAUAUUUACUUUUCACGAAACGACGGCAAGGCUGUUACAUGCGAAGACUGGGUGCAGGCCAUCCAAGAUGCAAACCCAGAGAUUGACCUCGGGGUGUUCAGGAGGUGGUAUUCGCAAGCUGGUACCCCAAUCAUCACGGUCGAUGCGAAAUACGACGAAACUACUUCCAGAAUGACUCUAUCAUGCGACCAAGCGAUCCCCCCGACCAAAAAACAGCCGACGACACAAGCUGCUUUGAUCCCCAUGAAGAUGGGAUUGAUCGGCCCCGAUGGCAAUGCUGUUCCUGUUGAUAUGGGAGAUGGGAAGGCUCCAGAAGAGUCCAAGGUCUUGAUACUUCAGGAGGCCCACACGGACUUCGUCCUUCACAAUGUUCCAAAGGGCACUGUCCCUUCCUUGCUGCGCGAAUUCAGCGCCCCUGUCAAGAUCGAGCGUAAAGGAGGCGUUUCAGCAGAUGAGCUUGCGUUCAUCAUGGGUAACGAUACGGAUGAAUUCAGUCGAUGGGAUGCAGGCCAGACUCUCUCCCUAAAAUUUAUCCUGGAUUGUGUGAAGUCUGAAGGUGACUUUAGUGAUGUGCCGCAAACUAUGAUCGACGCCUUCAGGAAAACGCUACUCAACAAAAAUAUCGAUGCCGCGUUGCGCGCUCAGGUGUUCAGGAUACCGCCUGAGUCUUACAUCACGGAGCAAAUGGAACUUGCGGACCCCGUCCGUAUUCGAGCAGCCAGGGAACACGUGAUCAAUCAGGUCGCGUCUGGUCUCGAACUGGACUUCAGGAAGAUUCUUGACGAGGGUCUCGCAGAGACUGGUGAAUACAAGUUGGACCCGGCCUCCCAAGGAACCCGCGCAUUGAAAAACAUUGCAUUAAUGUACCUCGGGGCACUCGAAAAGAAGGACAUCCACGAACUUUGCCUUAAGAUCGUUCGUGACGGAUCAAAUAUGACAGAUGUUCUGGCAGCGCUAGGUGUUCUAUCCAACGCCAAGUGCGAAGAAAGGACUGUAGCACUUUCAGAGUUUUAUGAAAAAUGGCAAUCGUACGGCCUGGUAGUAGACAAAUGGUUGAGCAUUCAGGCAACCUCUACCCGUGAAGAUGUUCUGGGCAUUGUUAAGGGGCUGACCGCGCACAAGUGUUACAGCGAGACAGUUCCGAAUUCUGUGUAUGCGUUGAUUGGAGGGUACGGAAGAAUGAACUUGCAUAUCCCCUCCGAUGGUAGCGGAUAUAAGUUCCUUACGGACCAAGUUAUUCAUCUGAACAGCAUCAACCCUCAGGUUGCGGCUCGUAUGGCGAGAUGCUUCACGCGCUGGCGCAAAUACGACAAGACACGACAGAAUCAGAUGGAAGCGGAAUUGAGAAGGGUUAAGGCUACUGAAGGGUUGUCUGAGGAUGUCUUCGAAGUUGUGAAUAACUGUCUUGAUCAAGCGGAGUAAGCAAGAAAUGGCUGCGGGCAAAUUAUUGAUCGAUCUGUGCCAACUGGAGAAGCGUUGAGUUCCGCAGAGCUGCAGCUCGACGUCUGACCAAAGAAACUGGUGGGGGCCUUGCCGGAAUUCUGCUGACUCCCGCCGAAUGUCCUUUAAUAAAUCUGUGCUUGAGAAGGGGAGGCUGUUCUACAUUAGUUGACAA